AUGAUUAGGGGAAUAAACCCAAUUUACCAGGCCCUACUGGCGGCCACGUUCACGUGGGGAGUCACUGCUCUCGGAGCAUCCCUCGUGUUCGUCAUGAGACAUCAGAGCAAGAAAUUGCUGGGUAAGCCUUUUUUUUGUCCAACAAGCCUUCAUCUCCUUCGAAGAGUUGAAAUAUUUCGAGAAAGUGACAUUAACAAUUAAGAAAUGAGAAACAAAUGAUAAUUUGCAGACGUUUCGCUCGGAUUCGCCGCCGGAGUCAUGACGGCCGCCUCUUUUUGGUCCCUUUUGGCGCCGGCGAUCGAAAUUGCGGAGGCGGACUUUGAGAAAUGGGCAUUUGUUCCGGUGGCCAUCGGAUUUGCCGUCGGAGCCGCUUUUGUGCAUUUUGCCGAUACUCUCCUGCCUUCGUAAGUACGGAAAUUACGGAAACAAAAACACUUUACUUAAAGUAAAACUCACGGCGACCAAAAAAGGUAGAAAGGGGCGUGGCCUAGCGUGCACGGUUUAUCACCAUUUUGGCGCGAAAUUCGAAAUUUAACCCCAUUUUUCAUGUUUUUCGUCAAAAAUUACCCAAAUUAUGUACGAUUUCGACGAUGUAUAAUUGCAUAAAUUUGUUAAACUAAUCAUCGCGCACUUUUUGAGCUUAAAACGAGCAGGUUUCAUUCAGAAAUGAAUCAAUUGAGUUGAUUUUCAAGUUUUGUGCUAAAAAUGCGCGAAUUUCAGUCAUUCGCCGAUACUUUUUGCCGUUUGAACGCUUAAAACACUUUAAUUAACGUGCUUAAUCACUUCCGACACUCACUUCGUCUCAAAACUAUCCACAUCGGCCGGUAUGAAAAUUCCGAAUUGCGAAAUAUGCCAAAAACGCCUCAAACGCGGCGUUUUCACGAAAAUUUCGAUGUUUUCUUUCUUUAAUGUCUUCUUUCGUCGAUAUCAAACACAAAAAUAUCGGAAAAGUGCUGGAAUUGUGGCAAUUUUUAGAAAAUGCGUCUCAGAUUAGGCCACGCCCCUUUCUACACUUUUGGUCGCCGUGAAACUGUUUUUUUUUUCGAUUUUGACUCGAGUUUCUUGGAGGAAAAGCAUGUUUUUCUCGACUGAAUAAAAAUCAGAAAUUUUCGGUUUCGAAAGGUUUUCUAUUAUAGGGGCACCGGACAGAAAGGGCGCGCUGUUCGCAAUCUGACCGAAUUUCUAGGCCGCGAAGUAAUUUUCCACUGAAAAUGUGGCCUAACUUUUCAAACUCGGCCUCGAGGUCGCUCAAUUUGCACUGCAAAAAGAGUUUCUCAACAGAGUGCCAUUUCUGUGCGGUGCCCCUAUAAUAGAAUCUCGUUUAGGAAAAGUUCAAAAUAUUUUAAAAAGGUUCACUUUUUUGCAGAUGCGUGGGCGACGCCGGAAUGGCCUCACUGCUGGCUCCACCGGCUCCGCGCUCCGACACGGAAAUGUCGUUGAUGCCGGCCGCUCGAGAGGAUUUGGACGUGGCUGCUCUGGCACGGUAAACUUUCGAGACAUUUUUAGAAAAAUGCACAAAACUCGUCGUUUUUCGUAAGUACUGUGACGUGUGUUUUUCUUUGCUCUCCGCUCGUGUGCUCGUUUUUCCACUUCUACAAUAUUAGAAUUAGAAAGUCCUGAAUGUAGGUCAGCCGGCACAAAUUCGGAAGAAGACGUCAGAAAAGUGGCGGAAGUACGACGACGACGUGGAAAAGCUCAAAAAUCGGAGAAAAAUAGGUGAGAAAUGACGUUUUUAGUGGACAAAUUGGCAUUUUUCGCUUCGAGCGUUCUCGUGGUUAUUUUUGAGAAUAAAAUGAGUUUUGUGACCGUCUUUUGUGUUUGUCCGCACUUUGUUUAAACGUUUCUAAUGAUUUUCACCAUUUUUUGGGCUUUUUUCGGUUUUUGCAUGUUUUUCUGACACAAACACACCACGAGAAGCCUUGCAACGAAAUUUGCACCCGAAAACACGUCGUUUCUCAUUUCUCGCCAAUUUUUUUUUGAAAAUGUUCUAAUCUUCACACUCUAUCUAUGGGUUUUACUAACCACUUUCUUUGAGGAAACAUUUUGGCGAAGCGAUAACUUUCUAUUUCUCACUAAAAUCAGGGCCGGCCCUUGUCCUGCACUUUUGAGCCACUUGCAAUUAUCCGAUUGGACCCAAACUUAGCAGACUUCUUGGACUUGGAUUGAGGGCCAUUGUGACCAAGUUUCAGCCCAAUCGGAUCAUCUGGUCCCGAGAUAUGUUAAUCAUUGGCCAAAAGCCCGGGCCUCUCGGCCAAAUCGGGCCUCAAGCACAAUCUCGACAAUAAAUAAUCCGAUCAGGCUCAAACUUGGUCCCAAUAUACUUCAAUCCAUGUCCAAGAAGCCUGCAAAGCCUGGGUCUGAUCGGAAGGACAAGGGCCGGCCAAUUGCGCAGCCCUGACUAAAAUCGAUCUGAAAAGCUGAUUUUUAAUUAAUUUCGGUUUUUUUGCAGUUCGGUCAACGAAGAGCACCGCGAAAGGGACAAACAGUCGGAAACGGCCAUUGAUACGCGGCCAGACGUGAUUCCGGUGAGGAUCUUUUGGAAAAAUUGAAAUAAUUCGAAAUUUCAUUCCCCCUAGUCCCGAGAAAAACUGGAGGAAACAGUCGGAUUACAUUCCUUGUGGGAUGCUGAAAAACUUAAGAAAAAGUUAAUUUUUGACUGUUUCUCUAACAAUUUUAAACUUUUGGCGAUGCUUCAAAAUUUCAAUUUCUUUCGUUGUUAGAUAAACGCGCAUAGCAUGCAAUUUAUUUCUUUAACUGCCUACUGUCUGCGCCUCUCUUUCUUCUAACGCGCAAAUGGUAUUUUCCCGCAAACAAUUGUUUUCCACAGGAACAAGACUACCGUCAAUCGUGGAGACGUAUCCUCCUCCUCAUUCUCGCCGUCACCGUUCACAACAUUCCAGAGGUAAUUUUAACUUUUUGUUGUUGUUGUUGUAAAAGACAAUUCUCGCAGGGUCUCGCGGUGGGCGUCGGAUUCGGAUCGGCCGGAAAAACGAAGCAGGCGACGUUCGAAUCGGCAUUCAACCUGGCCAUCGGAAUCGGAUUGCAGAACUUUCCCGAAGGACUCGCCGUCUCACUCCCACUCGCCGCUUUCGGACACUCCAAACUUAAGGUGUGUACAUCUAUACGUUAUUAUCUCCGAAAAAUUAUGGAUCAUUGACAUGGUGUGCUUGAUAAUUCGAGACUUUGCUAUUUUCGAUUGGAGAGAAAUGGGCGAAAGUGCGACGGAAUGGUCGAGAUUCGUAAUUGAUAGCAAAUGCAGGCCGAUUGCGGUCGAGUAGACUUCAGCCAUCUCGCCAAUGGAGUUUGGACGAGCCCUCCUGGACUUUGCGCUUCUUUUCGUUUACGAGAAAUAGUUUGUGGGAGUGCGUCAAUACACGGAACCCCAGCAUUCCAAUGCGCAAGCAAGUUGUCAAUGGGGCGCGCUUGCAUCCACCGUCGGCUCGGAGUUUCUUUUUUCAAUUGAAAACCAGAAUUUUUUCGUUUUUCUCUUAAUAAACACUCAAAUUUUGUUCUUUGGGAACCGUGAGGCGAUUGUCUGAGUUAAAAGCAUCGAUUUAAGCGCGAAACGGAGCAGAUUCGUUCAGAAUUGACGAAAUUGAGGGAUUUCGUCGAAAACUACUGAAAAAACGGAGUUUUAACGUUUAUUUGCCGAAUCGAGUUCGGACACUGGCAUUCGAACCGUCCAGCCAACAAGGAGUUUAUUGCGCAUCUUUUAAGCGCUCAACCGUCGAAAAAUAUACAGAAUUGAGAUAAUUGAGGCAAAUUUUCGAUUCCAAAAGGAAAAAAAUUAUCGCCGUUUUUCAGUAAUUUAUUGUCCGUAUGCAUGAAUGUCUCCGAUUCAACAUGUAAAAAGAUAACGUAGCAAUAAAAUGUUGUCUUUUUACUUUAAUCGUUUCAAUAACAAGAAAUAUAUAUAAUAACAACAAGAAAAGCCACGUCGGAAAGGUUCGCCGCUCACUGGAGGAUAUGAUCGGCGAGGAGAAGUCCAUGCUAGAAAACGCCCAGAUCGAACGAAUCACGUUGCAACAAAUGUUCGAGGAGUCGAGCGGAGAGACUCUUCGCGCCAUGGAGAGAUUGAUGCGGACAAUGGGCGCCGAUACCCGUGCCUGGUAUCAACAGUGUACGGGAAAUCAGGUCCGUGCUCUUCUCCGCGAAGAGAACAUCGACAAGCUCCUUGAACUGUUCCCGAGCAAUCCAAAAAGUUCCGGCGAUGCGCAAGCUCAUGCUCGACUUGUCCUUCCUGAUGAGCAGCGCAAACAAUGAAGUCAAGGACGACACGCAAAUUGACGAAAUCGGCAAGGCCAUCAGAUCCCUUGUGAUCAACAUUCGGGAGGUUCAUCCGGAGGCUGGAGUGAUCCCCAAGCUUCACAUCAUCGCUGCUCAUUUGGAGGCCUACUUGCGAGAGAACCGAAGCUGGGGACGGUUGACGGAGCAAGGAAUCGAAGCACUUCACGCCAUCUUCAACGGGUUGAUGCGCCGAUUCGCGAGUGUCAACGACGUGAAGCAGAGAAUCUGUCUUGUUCUCGAGAACAUGGGCCACUUCAAUUUUCUCUUCGACGUCGGCGACCUAUGUUGAAUCUCUUCAUCCACUUUUUCUUCAUGUUCUUUUUUUCAAUUAUCGAUAAAUUCAACACGUUUUACAUCUUCAUCUUCUCAUCUUCUUGGAUAAUUCCGUGAAAAUACCUGGAAAACAUCUGACGGCGAAGUAAAAUGAGUCAGUCUCACUAACCGCUACUCUUUCUCUUUUCCUGCCCUGAAUUGCUGCAGCAAUCUUCCGCCGUUCGUCGAACUAUCUGUAAUUUUCACAUAAAACGUCUCGAAAUUGAUAACGAAGCAGUUAACAUUUCAUAUUUUAUUUAUUUCUAAUCAUUAUCAUAGGUUUUGACACUGAUUGGUUCUGGAAAGAUGGGGAAAAUGCAAAAAAAAGGAAAAAUUGAAAUGAGAAACUCUACAACGACGCUCCGGAAUAACGCGUACGCGCCUUGUUUAGCGCACGUGAAUUGCGCCAAGGGAAUUUUUUAUUGGAAGGCUGGGGUUCCGUGCAAUAAUAAAAAAAUUGGACAAACCACUUUUCUCAGAAAACUGUUCUGUCACUAGUUUGAUCUUCGAGGAGAACAAUUGCUCGAGGCAAUCAAAUAAAUUGACAAGAAGAAUGCUUUACAAUUAGAGAAACUUUUAUAAACAUUCAAGAAUUCCAAGGCUUUUGCAGACGACAUUUGUAACGUUAAGAACGCGGGAAAAAACAGCGAUCAAGUGAAACGUUCAUAAUUUUACAAAUUUCAGGCAUUCUGGUACGGUCAAUUGUCGGGAAUGGUGGAGCCGAUCGCCGCGUUGAUCGGUGCGGCCGCUGUCAUUUUCAUGGAACCGGUGCUCCCGUACGCCCUGGCUUUUGCCGCCGGAGCCAUGAUUUACGUGGUCGUCGACGACAUCAUACCGGAGGCUCAAAGGAACGGAAACGGAAAAAUCGCCUCGUUCGGCUGCAUUGUCGGCUUUCUCGUGAUGAUGUGCAUGGACGUGGGACUCGGAUAA